UGCAGGGUCACGUGGUGUUGGCGGUGCGCCAUCAGUACGUGGCCAUCGACGACCAGGAGGCGCUGACUCUGCGAGACGGGGACGAGGUCGCCGUGGUGCCGCCGCUGAGCGGAGGAUGAGCAGCCAGUCGCCACCCUUGGGGGCGUCAAAGAAGGGGCGGGACAUCUUCAAGCUGAGCCACCAUCGGCUAUCUGUCGAAGACGUGGUGGCGGCCGUCGGCAGCGCGUCCUGCGGCGCCAUUUCUCUCUUUAUAGGUACGACGCGCGAGGACCAGUCGGAGAGCGGGAAGGUGAUCGGUUUGGAGUAUGAGGCGUACGAGCCCAUGGUCCAGUCGGAGUUGGCCGAGCUGUGCCGCCGCCUGCGGGCGCGCUGGCCCGACCUCGCGCACAUCUGCGUGCACCACCGCCUCGGGUGGGUGCGGGUUGGCGAAGCCAGCGUGGUAGCUGCCGUCUCGUCUCCUCAUCGCCACGAUGGCCAGAGGGCCCUCGUUUGCCUGUUGGACGGCCUGAAGGCCAACGUGCCUGUGUGGAAGAAGGAAGUGUACGAGGACCGCAAAGCCAGCUGGAAAGAGAAUGCCGAAUGUGCCUGGGCCAGUUGCCAUGGAAACCAUGACGCUCAAACAAUGAUUGGUCAAUAAAGAAUAUAAUCCUAUCA